GCUCUAUAGAAUAUAUAUCAAAUAUAAACCAAGAAAAAAGUAUCCAAGAUAAAACGAAAACAAAAGAAAUAUCUAGAGUCAAGGAAGUAAAAGAAACAAAACUUCUAAUCAGCAAAAAAAGACAGCAAAAAGAAGACAGUACAGAGGAAAAGACCAAUCAAGAUUCCACAUCAA